AUGUCAUUCAUGGGCGGAGCAGAAUGCUCGACAGCAGGAAAUCCUCUUAGUCAAUUUACAAAACAUGUGCAGGAUGACAAGAGUUUGCAGAGAGAUAGAUUAGUUGGUAGGGCGCCAGGAGGCGGUAUGCAGGGCAUGCGCUCCGGGAUGAAUAUGAAUGGAAGUCAAGAUCAUAUGAUGAACGAUUUUAUACAACAAAACGGCCAGCUCCCACCAGAAGCUUUCGCUAUGCAACAUGAUCUUCAUCAAAACGCACACAUGGGAAAUGGAUCUCAAUCUCCAAGUGUUGGAGGAUGGGCUCAGGAGUUCAACCCUGGGAUGUCAGGAAUGUCAGAGCAGGUAAGGAUGGAGGCAGCGUUUCAAGCUCCUAAAGGUACAGCAUUUAGCCCUGCGGAUUUUGCUCGAUUUCAACAGAUGGGACAAUCGAGCUCGGCACGCUCUGCGAGUCCUAUGGCGCAAAAUAUGUCGAAUGCCUAUUCAUUUCAAGGCCCCCAAAUGGGUACGGGUAUGGGCAUGGGCAUGGGAAUGAUGGGAAUGAAUAGAAUGGGUAUGGGCAUGAAUGCGAUGAACCAACCACAGCACCAACAACCGGCCCAGAAUUUACAGCAGGACAAAGGGAAAGGAAAGAUGAUUGAGCUCGAUGAUCAGAAUUGGGAAGAGCAAUUCAAACAGAUUGAUCUGCAGGGACAGGAGCUCGAAGAAAGUUUGGCGGUGGAAAGAGAAUUAAAUGAAAUGGAUAGGUCAGUCCUUGAAUCCGAAACCAAUGAAUUUGGUGAUUUUGAAUCUAUUUGGGUUGGCAUUCAAGCUGAAAAUGCGGCUGCUAGGGAAAUGGCUGGUGAAGAAAGCCUCAACGAUAUGAACAUAGGCGAAUUCGAUCAAUGGGAUGGAUUUGAUGCUGUAGGAACACAUCAAUCACCAUUCCGCGAUCCACAGCUCGGAAGCUACAUGUUUGAAGAUGAUAAUAUCUUCAAGGACAUUGCCAAUCCUUUCGAGGAGGGUGUUCGGAUAAUGCAUGAGGGAGGUAACUUGUCUCUUGCUGCAUUAGCUUUCGAAGCUGCAGUACAAAAAGACCCCCAACAUGUCGAUGCAUGGGUUCUCUUAGGGUCAGCACAGGCCCAGAAUGAAAAAGAAACACCCGCUAUUCGGGCUUUAGAGCAAGCUCUGAAAGUUGAUCCCACAAAUCUGACAGCUCUUAUGGGUCUGGCAGUCUCUUACACGAACGAAGGCUACGAUAGUACUGCUUACCGUACACUUGAGCGUUGGCUUUCGGUUAAAUACCCAUCUAUCAUUCCUCCAGGCUCCCUAUCCUCGGAGAAUGAUAUCGGCUUCACCGACCGACAUCAACUUCAUGAAAAGGUUACCGACCUGUUCAUUCGUGCUGCUCAACUUUCACCAGAUGGCGAACACAUGGAUCCAGACGUACAGGUCGGUCUCGGCGUCCUUUUCUACGGUGCCGAAGAAUACGACAAAGCAGUCGAUUGUUUUACCGCUUCUCUCGCCUCGACUGAAUCCGGAACCUCAAAUCAAAGAGAUCAAGUUCAUCUUUUAUGGAAUCGUCUCGGUGCCACCCUCGCCAAUUCCGGUCGCAGCGAAGAAGCCAUCGCCGCAUACGAACAAGCCCUUACCCUACGCACCAAUUUUGUGCGAGCUCGCUACAAUCUUGGCGUUUCUUGCAUCAAUAUUGGGUGUUAUGAUGAAGCUGCCUCUCAUCUUUUAGGUGCCUUGGCUAUGCAUAAGAUUGUCGAAAAUGAAGGGAGGGAAAAGGCAAGAGAUGUACUUGGUGGUGGAAGUGUCAGUGAAGCGGAUCUUGAAAGAAUGAUCUCGCAAAAUCAGAGCACGAAUUUAUAUGAUACUUUGAGAAGGGUAUUUAGUCAAAUGGGGAGGAGAGAUUUGGCGGAACGCGUGGUGGCGGGUAUGGAUGUGGAGAAUUUCAGGGGGGAUUUUGAUUUUUGA